AGCUAUGCAGACGAUCAAGUGCGUGGUGGUGGGUGAUGGUGCUGUGGGAAAAACCUGCCUACUCAUCUCCUACACAGCGAACAAGUUCCCCUCGGAGUACGUACCAACGGUUUUUGAUAACUAUGCGGUAACAGUGGUGAUUGGAGGAGAGCCUUACGCCCUAGGCCUCUUUGAUACAGCAGGUCAGGAAGACUAUGAUAGAUUAUGACCCCUCAGCUAUCCACAGACAGAUGUAUUUCUGGUCUGUUUUUCAGUGGUAUCUCCUUCUUCAUUUGAAAAUGUGAAAGAAAAGUGGGUACCCGAAAUUACUCACCACUGUCCAAAGACUCCUUUCCUUCUUGUUGGGACCCAAAUUGGUCUAAGAGAUGAUCCCUCAACAAUUGAGAAACUUGCCAAGAACAAGCAGAAGCCCAUAACUCCAGAGACGGCUGAGAAACUGGCCCAGGACCUGAAGGCUGUCAAACACGUGGAAUGCUCUGCGCUCAUGCAGAAAGGCCUAAAGAAUGUAUUUGAUGAAGCGAUAUUGGCUGCCCCGGAGCCUCCAGAGCUGAAGAAGACCCGCAGAUUGGCUGGUCCUUUUUUGCCCCUGACAGAAUAUGCUCUUAUCCCUACAUCCUAAGUAGACGAGGAAGAGAGUUCAAGCAAGGCAAAUGAAUGAUAAUGUACCUUUAUAAAAAUAAUAAUUGUUUGUCUUUUGACACAUCAGAGAGAGAACAAAGAAGAUAGAUGUGCCUUCCUUUUCUUCAGCCAAUGUAGUGAGCUACUGAAGAGGUCCUGUUACUACUCCAAGCAGAGAUGACAAAGUGUUGGUCAUGCAAAGGCUAGUUUCAAAGCAAACACUACAGAUCAAUUUUAAUUUCUAUUGUUCUCUUUUUAUCUCCCUUCUCCCCCAUCUCUCUGCUUUCCUCUCCAUCUUCUGUUUCCCCCCAUUUUCCUUCCUUCCCCUCCAUCACCUUCCUUUCCCCUAUCUUCCUCUUUCAUCAAUACCUCCACCAUUUUCCUCUCAAUCUCCUUCCUCUCAGCAGCACCUCCCAUUUUCCACCAUACCUGCCCCCUCUCCCACCCCACACAGCAUUUAUCCCUUUUCCCCCAAACUCAGAGCACCUGAGUCCUGUUGGAGUCUCCUCCCACCCCAGGUGUGACCACUUUACCCUCCCUGCCUACUCCCCUAUUUAAGUCACUCCAGGGAAAGCAGAAGCCUCAAGCUUGCCCAAUUGGGCAGAGGGAUCCUUCUCUCAUCACUCUGGUGACAAGAGAGCAGGAAAUUCCCUGUUUCAUGUACCACCCACACUUGCUUGCUCUUCCUCAGAGAAGGGUGCUCCUGGCUUCAUCAGAGCAGACAGAGCCUGGCUCCACCAACUGAUCUCAUUUUUGGCUUCCCUGAUGUUCCUAAGUCUUUCAACUCUAUCUUGCAAUUUUUCAACCUCUCCUUGAAGCUGUGCUGCCUGGCUGAGCAGAAGAUUUUGCUUGGGAUUCAUAAAGAGUUUCACAAGUAGCCAGCUGCUGUUUCAACCCUCACAGUCAGCUGGACCCUUAGUAACACAAGCCUCGUAUUUUCACUGGAGAAGUACCUGUCCAUUUUACAAUAGGCAUGGUGCAAUCAUUAUACACUUAAUGUAAUAAACGUGUGUUUGCUAAACCCUGGCUCCAAGGAAAAUCUUUCACAAGAGGUGCUGUUUUCAGUGCUAUGUUUAUUGCUUGCCUAUCUCAAUCAAAGCCUAACUCCUAUGCCCAAGGGAGACAUCUUCACUUAUGACUUGGCACAGUGUGUACUUAACAGAUGGACAGAAGCAUAAGUAGCCAAAAGCUGGUACUCUGUGCGCAUUUAGGGUGUUUGCUGAUGACAGGCUUCUCAGAGAGGAAUUUUCAAACAGCUGUCAAUCCUAAAGCUACAACCCCAUCUUUAAAAUUGAUGGAGCUCUACUAAUUCAGCUUUGAGAUAUUCCUGCUGAAAAAAAAAAAGUCUAAAAGACAAGUUCCAGCCUAUGCAAGGAGAACAUUGACUAGGGAUUUUUAAUUCCAUGGUGCAUGUGAGCUGCAGCAAGGGAGAAUGCAUAAGGCUUGACUCCUGGAGCACUGCAUUCUGACAUUAUCUUCUACUUGCCUCUGUGAUAAUGUCCUUUACUAAACACAGCUGAAAGCUGAAGCUUCUGGGAGAUGUUUGGAAACCAGGCCAAGUAGAAUGGUAUCUUUUCACCACAGAUAGGCAUUUAUGCACAAAUACACAUUCAUGCAGCUUAAAUCUCAGUGGCCACUGAGGACAUCAGCGCUUCCAAAUUGUCACAUUCAUACAGGGUCAAGAAAGGCAAAGCGAGCUGAUUAUUUCAAAUGUUCAGAAGGUUCUGCAGAAAAUCCACUUUUUCCUCCCAAAUCCUUUUUAUCUUUGGAGUCAAGGGAUCACAUAGUGAAUCUGAUUGGCUCUGUCAAGAAGAGCAGGACUUCUGUGUUAUCUUCAAACAUCUGUGAUAAAUAUUUGAUCUGUGGCAUUCUGUUUCAGGGAACUAUUGCAAACAGGGAUGAUAACAAGGAAAUCUCUUCAUUGUAAUCAAUUCUGCUAAGCAUCUCUGGAAGCUGUAGAGGAUACUCGUGCAGCACACAUUCUCCGUGGAAGGGUACAAAGUCGUGUGGUCAGAGUUCUGUCCUACAUUCUCCCCUGUCCAUACUUCCAGUGCUUCAUAACACUGUUCCAGACACCUAUUCUCUCUCCACUUUGAUAUAGCUGUUCAGAAGAGAUUGCAGCAAUUAUUAUUUCCCAUUUAAAUGAUUUUUUUUUUUUAAUCAGCUGAUGCUUGAUGUGUGCUUUGAGGUUUUACCUGUAAAACAUUAAUAGAUCAAUGCACAAUGUUUAGGAAGAGUAAAUUAAAAUUGCUGUUAUGGAAUGCUUGUCACAAUGCUUUCAUCUAUGAAUGUAUGUAAGUGUCAUCAGCUGUAAGAACAUAAAUAGAAUUAAAUCAUGAUUAAGUGAUAUAAA